GUACAUAGCCUCACAGAGAAAUCAAACACCCCGAAGAAUGCGCACACUUAUACGCAUACACGCCCGCACAUACACAGAAACAGAGUCACACUUGUAUAUCCACAGGCAUGGUCUCACAUGCACGCACAUACCAUCCAGUUCACCGUGUGAUCCAUGAUCCUUGGACCUGACUACGGGACAAUGCCGAGCCCUGCUGUUUCUUGUUUAAGAUCAGUGUUUGCCCACUUUUCAGAUUCAUGUGGGCAUUGGAAUGGCAGCGGGGAUCCGUGUGGGGAUGGCCCUGGGGGCUGGGCGUCCACAGCAAGCAAAGACCUCCGCAAUGACUGCUUUAGCUUGUACAGGGUGCGUGGCUUUGGUCCUUAUGACGUCCCUCCUGUUGCUGAAGGACGUGAUAGCCAAGAUCUUCACCAGCAACCGGCAGAUUAUCGAGCUGGUUUCGAGCACCAUACCCGUUAUAGCCCCUUUCCACCUGUGUGAUGCCAUAGGCUCGGGAGCAGCCAGCGGGAUUGUGCGAGGAAUUGGGAUGCAGAAAGUCGGAGCGAUUGCUAAUCUCAUGGCGUUCUACAUUGUUGGGAUUCCCGUGGGAAUCGCGCUCAUGUUUGCCGCAAAGAUCGGAAUUCUUGGCCUAUGGGCGGGAUUGGCCAUCAGUACCUUCCUGUUGUCCGCUUUCUUCUUGACGCUGAUCUUCAGGAUGGAUUGGGGCGCGGCGGCACAAGAGGCAAGCAAGCGCUGGUUUUCUCCACUUCGACCCGUCCUUAGCUCCAGGACCUUGGUGAUGGGACAAGCUCCAGUCACAGGGAGGGAAGGCUGGGGAACGGACGGGACUGAGGACAAGUUUGGAAUCUACCGCGGCAACAGAGGAGCACCCGCCUGCAUACGGUCGACGCGUUGUUACGUGCGACGUCGCGCGCAAACCACGUGUCAUCGUGCCGUCUGGUGCGCGGCGACGCAUGGUGACACCUUGAACUUGUCCCAGAGCCAUGAAGCGACUGGUCACGUGGAAGGCAGCGCUCUGCUGACGAGCGGCAGCUCUUGCCCGUCAGAGGGCAUCCUCACUCCGGGCCAACUGAUCGUUAGACGUGGGCUGGUCGUUCUCGGAGGUCUGCUGGUCCUGGCAGUGGGAGUUGCUGUACACUUCACCAUCGAGCUGUAG